AUUAACUCCAGUGCAGAGAUCAGCUUUCUUUUGGACACGCUCUUUUUCCUGUGCAAGUCAAACACUUGAUCCCACCACACCUGAACAGGAUGCAGCAGGAUGCUCUUUCAGGACAGUAAAGAUGCAAUGUGAAAGGCUCAGGCAGCAGAAUUAAAAGGCAUUGCUUUUCUGCUGCAUGCCAAAAUGGAGAACAAUAUAGGAAGGCAGAUGCUUGGGGUAUUUAGCUUGUUGCUGCUGUUUCUCUGCACAUGUGUGAGCACCACGCCUGAAGCCUUCUGUCCAGCAAGCCCAAAUCCACAAGGGCUGGAAGGGCCUGUCUAUUGUUCUCUCCAGCAGCUGCCAGUUGACAGUGGUUUCAUGUCACCUUUUGUGCAUUCGUUCCUUCACUCUGUCCAACCCAACCCCUUCCCUAAAGAGCUUUUGGUUAGUGUCAUAGUAAACUUAGGAGUCAUCACCAAUGAGGAAACAAUAAAAAAGGUUUUGAGAUACGAGAAAGGCUUACUGGUGUGUGUGGCCAUUGGGAUCCUCUACAUCAUCUUUGUACCCUUAAUUGGCUUCUGUUUCGCCUUCUGCCGUUGCUGUGGCAACUGUGGAGGCCACAUGUACCAAAAGCAGACUAAGAGCAUACAUUGCAAGCGAAGGAGCUUUUUUUGGGUGACUUUUUUUAUCACUCUCAUUAUACUGGCAGGAAAUAUCUGCAUGUUCUUAAGCAAUAGCUACACUGGGGAUAUUGUGAGAUCUAGUACAGGUGAUAUCAACAAUACCCUGGAAAAUCUACAAAGCUACUUCAACACUGUUCCUAAGCAAAUUCAUCAAGUAGUAAAUGAGGGCAGUGUGACUGUAGAUAAAGUUAUUGAGGAUGUAAAUGACAUUGGCCCUUUACUUGGCACAGAGAUACAAAAUGGCCUAGAAGGACCUUUUCAGAAGACUCUGGGUCCUGUUACGUUGCUGGCACAAGUGGUUAACAGCACCAGUGCACUGCUGCUGCAGUUGAAUGGAACCCAGCUGGAGCUGCAGUCCAGUCUCAAUGUGCUGCAGGCGAACUUGACCACAGUGAUGGAGCAUAUCAACGUAACACUGUCCAGCUCCAACUGUAUAGGCUGUCACUUCUUUCAGUCGAAUCUCUCUAGCCUGUCUAUGGACAUAAGCCUUAAUUUAUCCACCUUCAACAAGCUCUUCUCAGCUGUGGACCAGACUAAGAAGUCGGAUCUGAAUAAACAGAUAAAAGAAGGGCAAGCAUUCUUCACAAGCAUUCCUCAAAGGGUGACCAAUGAAACCAGAGACGGUGUGCAGGGGUUUAAGCAGCAGCUCCAAGGUAUUAAGGAGGAUAUUUUACAUUUAACCAGCAAUGUGCCACUAAGCACACUGAGUAAUAUCUCUCACACACUGAGAAAUGUGCAACAAUAUGUUGGCCAGUGCACACCUGCAGUAAACAUGGCAGAGAAAAUCAGGGAGAUCAUCACAGUGAUCCUGUGCUGUCUGAUUCUGCUAGUAGUUGUGUGUAAUUUUCUAGGUCUUCUGCUUGGCCAAGCAGGACUGAAGCCUACAGCCAGUCCCACUGAUCGCUCCAAUACUGCCAACUGUGGGGGGAUCUUCCUCAUGGUGGGUGUGGGCUUGAGCUUCCUGUUCUCCUGGGUAUUCAUGAUAGUAGUGGUGAUCCUGUUCAUAGUGGGUGUUAACACUUACACUCUCAUCUGUGUGCCAUGGCAGACUGGACAACUCUUUCAGAUAAUUGACACUGCAGAUGUAUUCCCAGGGUUCCAACUGUCUCAGAGUCUAGGACUCAAAAUCAACCUGUCAGUCAGUGAUGUGUAUAAUGACUGUCACCAUAAUAAAUCCCUGUGGAGCACCUUACACCUGGGGGAUAUUGUUGAUCUCAAUGAUGUUCUUAAUGUUUCUAAAUAUACGGUGAAUGUGGAUCAGGCACUUGAGAAAAUGAAUAUCACUUUACCUAGCAUCACUCUUCUGAGCCCAACAGUGCAGAAUCAUCUGCGAAUCCUCUCUACCACAACCAGCUGUAUGAACAUAACUGGCAUCAUACAGAAGAUUAAUGCCAUAUCAGGAACAAAUUUAAGUUUGACAGCAGACCGAUUGGAUAGUUUAGCUAAUAUGCAGCCCAACAUCACUAUUCAAACUAGUCUCAAGAAUGAGGCAAAUAAUUUGAGAUCUCUCCAAACUUGGAUUCACAUCACCAUCAAUCCUCUGCUGUGGCAGCUGAACUCUACAAUUGAGAACAUCAGUGUCAUAGCCUUACAAAUAAAUGGUACUGUGGGGAAUGUUCUGGAGAAUUUUAGUUAUGCACAGAGUUUUUUGAACAACAAUACAUCCACAAUAGUGAAACAGAAAACUAGAGAUUUUGCGGACUGUCAUAUUGGAUUCUUCACUUCGUUUGCUAAGUGGGCAAAUGAAACUAUCACUGACCAAGUGGGUUCCUGUGGGACAGUGGCAACAGCUAUCGACAAAACAGAGCAACUAGUCUGCACGCAGCUUGUAGAAUCUGUGAAUGCUUUUUGGUUCAGUUUGGGCUGGUGCUCGGUUUUCCUUAUCCCCAACAUUAUUUUCUCUGUCAAACUGGCCAAGUACUACCGGCGGAUGAAGUACACUGAUGUGAAUGAGAACCACAUAAUGAUGAACCCUGUCCUGAGGGCCAAUAUGAAACCGUACUGAAAGGGAGAAGGAGCAUUCAUUAUAUGUUCAUUGUUGCUGUAGUGAGGGAUCUCGGCAUAGUGUUUUCCCUUCAGAAUGGACUGAAAGUGAUACUGGAUCUAAACUCUAAGAGACACCCAGAGCCUGGGAGACUUGAGGGAUUGAAUGGAAGGAGGAAAAUGGAUGCCCUUUGGAUUGGGCACAUUCUAGACAUGGCUUAAAGCUUUUUUCCAUGAUAUGCAGUAUCUCUAUGACUCAUGACUACAUUGCCCACCACACGUGCACCUUUUAAAAAAUGAUGAAUCCAUGAUAUUCAUUUCACUUUUAGUGAACAAGUUACUGUAUGUAUGCAAUCAUAUUUGAUUGUGUCGCAUUAGAGAGUUAGAGAAAGUUGUCUUUGUGAUAUUUUAUUUAUUUAAUUGAAUUAAAUGAAUUACAAAUAUUUUAUGUCCUUAAUGCCAUAAAGUAUGAUGUCAUCAUUUCAAACAGGAACAGAAUGUGCUUACUACCUAAUAAACCAUACUACUGGCAACAUGA